CCUGAAGAAUUCCUCAAAUUUAGCUCAAGAAAGUGUCUCAAAAUGAUUGGUGGUUUGUUUGUAUACAACCACAAAGGUGAGGUGCUCAUCAGCCGUGUCUAUCGCGAUGAUAUUGGACGUAAUGCCGUGGACGCGUUUCGUGUCAAUGUAAUUCAUGCUCGCCAGCAGGUCCGUUCACCGGUUACGAAUAUUGCUCGUACCAGCUUUUUCCACAUAAAGCGGGCUAAUAUUUGGUUGGCUGCUGUGACAAAACAAAAUGUUAACGCUGCCAUGGUGUUUGAGUUCUUGUUGAAGAUCAUUGAGGUCAUGCAGUCGUACUUUGGCAAAAUAUCCGAAGAAAACAUUAAGAACAAUUUUGUAUUAAUUUACGAGCUGCUUGAUGAAAUUCUCGAUUUUGGCUAUCCUCAAAAUACCGAUUCGGGUACAUUGAAAACCUUCAUUACUCAGCAGGGCAUCAAGUCGGCAACGAAGGAAGAGCAAAUGCAAAUCACAUCUCAAGUUACUGGCCAAAUCGGUUGGAGACGUGAAGGUAUUAAAUAUCGACGCAAUGAAUUGUUCCUGGAUGUUUUGGAAUACGUUAAUUUGCUUAUGAGCCCACAGGGGCAGGUGCUUUCUGCUCACGUUGCUGGUCGCGUUGUAAUGAAAUCAUAUUUGUCUGGUAUGCCUGAAUGCAAAUUCGGUAUUAAUGACAAAAUUGUUAUGGAAUCUAGAGGUCGUGGAUUAUCUGGUAACUCUGAGGCCGAUACUUCUCGCUCAGGCAAACCGGUGGUAGUUAUUGACGACUGUCAGUUCCACCAAUGCGUUAAACUAAGUAAAUUUGAAACAGAACAUUCGAUAAGUUUUAUACCGCCGGACGGUGAAUUCGAAUUGAUGCGUUAUCGUACAACCAAAGAUAUUUCGCUGCCAUUCCGUGUUAUACCUCUGGUGCGUGAAGUUGGACGUACCAAGAUGGAAGUCAAGGUGGUAUUGAAAUCCAAUUUCAAGCCAUCAUUGUUGGGUCAGAAGAUUGAAGUUAAAAUCCCUACCCCCCUGAACACCUCAGGUGUUCAAUUAAUUUGUUUGAAGGGCAAGGCCAAAUACAAGGCCUCCGAAAAUGCAAUUGUGUGGAAGAUAAAACGCAUGGCUGGCAUGAAGGAAACCCAAUUGUCGGCCGAAAUAGAACUUUUGGAAACGGACACGAAAAAGAAGUGGACACGUCCACCCAUUUCUAUGAACUUUGAAGUACCUUUUGCACCAUCUGGUUUUAAAGUGCGUUAUUUGAAAGUAUUCGAACCAAAACUAAACUAUUCCGAUCACGAUGUUGUAAAAUGGGUACGUUAUAUCGGUCGCAGUGGGCUGUACGAAACGCGUUGUUAAACACCCAUGGUUGUUG